AUGUCGUUCUUGAAAGAUAUUCAGAAGGAUAAUGAGGUGAGAGAUAAGAGUUCUGCAGCAAUGCAGAAGCAAUUGAGGCAAUUAGCAGAGGAUAUAGCCCAGUUGAGAAGAGACCUCGGAAAAUUGCCAAGUACCACCACGGUCAACCCGCAACAUCAAAGCAGUAGUUCAGCUACCAAGAAUGCACGUGUAAACCAGGUAAGUGUACUUCAUUCUGGUAAAGUGUAUGAUAAUAAGGUUGGCACUCCACCACAAUUUGUUGAUGGUGUGGUGGAGGAGUGGGAUGAAAAUGAGGAAGAGGAACAUGAGCCUGAACCUGUAAGCCCUACGAAAGCUAAUAAAACGACUUCUCAAGAAACUAAUGAUAAGGUAAUAGAAAACGCAUCAACCAAGGCUACGGAAAAGGGUGCGGGAGUUAAAACCAACCCGUUUCCUCAUGCUUUGGUAGAACCGGGAACUAAAAGUACUAAAAGAGGCCCACAACAGGAAGAGAUGUGGGAAGUUUUUAAGCAAGUAUUUGAAAGACAUGUGCACCCAAAAGCGGGAAACAAAUUUCCAAAGAAAAUCGAUUUAACCGAAAAUGUUAGUGCCGUUUUGUCGGGUGCCAUCCCUCCUAAACUCCGAGAUCCAGAUGCUCCGUUAAUACCCAUUCAAGUGGGUGACUUUAAAAUGAUCCGGGCACUGCUGGAUCUGGGAGCGAGUAUGAGUAUUAUCCCGGGGAGUCUUUACGAUCAAUACGAUUUCGGACCGUUACAGAAAGCCGACACCACAUUAGUGUUGGCCGACUUGACUUUGAAACUACCCCGGGGAAUCGUGUGUGAUGUCAUUGUCAAAGUAGAGGACUUUUACUACCCAGUUGACUUCUUGGUUUUAGACUAUGUCUCCAAUGAUAAAACCAAACAACCUAAUGUUAUACUCGGUAGACCAUUUUUAGCAACUGCCAACGCUUUAAUUGAUUGCAGAAAUGGAACAGUUGACAUGACCUUUGGUAAUAGGAAAGUCCAAUUAAACGUGUUUUCCCGUGCAUCUGAUUCUCUGGUUAGUGAUGAAUGCUUCAUGGCGGACAUCAUUGAUGAGUGUCAUCAUCAUGAAAAUGGGGUAAACACAACAGAGACGUGUGUUAUUUAUGACAGGGAACAGGCUGAAUUGUCGGAAUGUUUGAAUGAAGCUGAAAAGGAAUUAGAGGUGAUGGCAAUUAGAGGUGAUGAGACCCACUUGGACUCAUCAAGUGGAAAGUCUACCCGAGCACAUCGAUACGCAUCUGAAGUCAUCAUUGGAAUCACCUCCAUAAGUGGAGCUAAAAGAACUGCCGAAACACCUCAAGUACGCCUUCGUGGGAGACAAUAUCACCCUUCCGGUGAUCAUUGCAUCAAAUUUGACAAAAGCUCAAGAAAAGGCAUUGAUUGGGGUGUUAAUGGAGUAUAA